AUGGGAGAGGAGACGGUGAUAGAGCCGGAACAAGGGAAUGUCCUCAGUCAUAUAAUUGCCCAACUACGGCCCGGUGCGGACUUGGGCCGGGUCACUCUACCUACUUUUAUACUGGAACCUCGAUCGAUGCUGGAACGAAUCACCAAUUUCAUGGCUCAUCCCGAAACCCUUCUUCCGAUGCCGACUAUUGACGAUCCUGUCGAAAGAUUCGUUUCUGUGGUUAAAUUCUACCUUAGUGGGUGGCAUAUAAAACCUCCAGGGGUUAAAAAACCAUUGAAUCCCAUCUUGGGCGAAACGUUUACAUGUUAUUGGGAUUAUCCUGACGGCACCCGCAGCUUCUACAUCGCUGAGCAGACUUCCCACCACCCUCCAAAGUCGAGCUACUUUUUCAUGGCCCCUGAACACUUCAUACGAAUAGACGGUACCUUGAAACCGCGGGGCAAAUUUCUAGGAAAUUCUGCGGCAAGUUUGAUGGAAGGGAUAGCAAUAUUAUCUUUCUUGAAUAGGGGCGAAUACGGGAAGGGUGAAAGAUAUAUCGUCACGCAACCAAACAUGUACGCUCAAGGUAUACUCUGGGGAAAGCUGAAGUAUGAGCUCAAAGGCCACAGCGAGGUGAAAUGUCCCGAGAACAAUCUGACUGCAGACAUAGAGUUCAAAACCAGGGGUUACUUUUCUGGAACAGACAAUUCAAUAGGGGGUUUCAUAAAAAACGAGAAAACUGGUGAGAUACUUUAUGAGCUCUCGGGGCUCUGGAACGCUGAAAUGUUUAUAAAGAAUGUCGCUACUGGCCAAAAGGACCUUCUUUUCAACGCCAGGAAUGCGAAACAUACGCCACCUCUCGUCAGGCCACUCGAGGAGCAGGAUCCACGCGAAUCACAGAGGCUUUGGUAUAAGACCGUCCAAGGCUUACUUGCUCGGAACCAGGAAGUUGCCACUGAGGAGAAAACCAAGGUCGAAGAUAUGCAACGGCUAGAGGCAUCAAAACGCGUGGAAGAUGGUGUUGAGUGGCGGCCUAAACUUUUCCGGGCAGUUCGAGGUGGUCCAGGUGGACCAGAGGAAGGGGAGGAGGAUCUUGAUUGGAUUCUGAAGGCGCAUGUAGAUCCUUUUAACCCGACCUUGGCAACGAAGCAGAUCUUAUCUGUCGCACCAAUUCUCCCUGGCCAAAAGCCAUCCCAACAAUUCGCAAUACCGCCCCACUCAGCACGAUCGAGUGGAGACACCCCGUCAUCAUCCGGAAAAUCUGCAUCAAUACCAACAACGGCAGCAUCGGCAACCACAAGGCACAAUGGCAAUUUAAUAGACUUUGGCGAGAGUAACGGGAGCAACGGCAACGCACACUCCGAUGAGAACAAAGUUUCAAAGCUGGGGCCAUCAACAGGGAAUACGACGGCUUCCAUGGAUCUCCUGGGUGGAGGUGGAGAUGGCCAUGAUGACCAUACCCAUCACCGCGUUCAAUCCUCCGCAAACCCCCACCACAUGUUGGAUCUCAUGACGCCGUUGCAGCCCACAAUAAGCCAAACGCAAAGCCGACCAAUGCAUAGGCAGGAUUCCAUCGAGUCGGACAACGAUGAAUUCGUUGAUGCGCGGGAUUGA